UGCGGCAAAAAAUUUUAUUGUGAUUUUUAUUGUGAUUUAAUUUUAAUUAAAAACCGAAAAAUGGAGCAUCUCGAGCAACAAUUGUGCGACGCUUCAAAAAUUUACUUCGAUUUUGAGGCGAAUUUGAAGACAGGAAUCGACAGUUUUUUAAAGAACAUUGAUGACUUGAUAAAGUCAGCGGAUGCGGAAAAGACUCCGAAUCCAAAGGGAAAACGCGCGAAACACAUGGCUCCGAUCCCGGAUGAAGACUCGGAUGAAGAAACCGGCUCGACAGCGGAUUCGACAUUGGAUAGCACGCGACCACAGCGAAGCACGAGGGCUCGAAAUACGACUUCUUACAAAGAACCUUCGCUUAAUACGAAGAUUCGUCGCCCAAAUCCCGAAAAAGCGAUCAAAAAAGAGCGAAUUACGAUGGAAGGCGGUAAGGAAAACGUAGCGCCGAACAAGUCAAACGACGAAACCACCAAUAAAAAGCGAAGUUCCGAAGAAAGUGUCGAAGAAAAAGCAAAAAAAGUAAAGGUCUCGGUAAAUCCUGGAUGUGAGAUUGUCGAGACGCCCGUUGAGACAGUGGUGAUCGAUUCGGAUGAUGAAACCGACAAAAUGCCUCCUCCGGCGAUGCCUGCGCCCAAAGCUCGUGGCAGACCUCGUACUCGAAAGGCAAGCCAGAAGCCAGAUUUGGCAAGUGAAACAAUUGCCGAACAGGUUAUGACGCCAAUUAAGCUGGAAAGGACCUCUAUUGAGGAGUCUCCGAUCGAGCUGGAGAAAAAAAGAGACCCAAAAUCGAAGGCGAAGAAGAAGUUACCGAUGCCGAUAGAGGAAAAUGUGAUAAAAAAGGAAAAAAUUUCGGUCGAUAAACGUCCUUCAGCUGGUUCGGAGGCUUCCGUGUACGAAGAAGCUUCUUCCAAUGUCGGAAUUUCGACGAAAAAUUCGCUGGAAAAUCCGCCAGUACUUAAUGAGACGUACAAAACGACCCCAAAUACGACAGUAACACUCGAAAAUGCGACUUUUAAUGUCCCAAAAAUCCCAGUCAAUAACGAGACAUUCCAAGUUGAUAGUCCCGUGAAUGAAUGUAAUGGCACGUAUACAGUUCCUACGGCGGCGGUUCAAACGCCUCCCACAGCACCUGAAGUACACGAUAGUAUCAUGACGGAGGACCAUUCGGGCGAUGAGGAAGAAGCUUUUAUCGCGAAAAUGGUCCCGCCCAAAGAAAAACCCGCUUUGGUGAUGCCCAAAAAGAAGCACGAAGUCUUUAAUCCGAACACUCCGAGUCCGUUUAAGGAAAAAAUUCAAGCUUUUGAGAAAUUUGCGUCAUCUGGUGGGUUAAUGUCACCUAUAGCAAAGCUCAAAUCACGUCAAAUCACGACCCCAAGUACUUCGAAACUCACAACUCCCUCAAAUUUGCCUCGAAUUCCGCAAUACAAGCCGGCAUCCACUCACGUAACGCCUCUCGGACAGUCCUCGUCAGCCCCGCUGAUGCACAAAGGAUCCGCUUCGGUGUCGAAAAUGCUUCAGAUGCCCAAAAAAAUGCCAAAAACCGCGUCGAUGUCGGCUGCCAGCAGUCGAGAUCCGUCUGUGGAGGACCUGAAACGCACCCAAUCCGCCAUCGAAGCGAAGAAAAAGGCGCGCGAAGAGAAACAACGUCUUGCCCAGCAACAACGCGAAGCUAUCGAACGUGAACGUCGCGAACGAGCACGUCAAUUACAAAAAGAAAAAGAUGAAAAACACCGAAAAUUGCUGCAGGAAAAGGAAGAUCGCAAACGCGAAGCAAUGUCACAGAAAAAACUCGAGGAACAUGUUCGCAACCAGAAAAUUUUGGAGCAAAAAAGACGUGAACUCGCGGAAAAGGAAGCUCUGGAAGCGGCAAAAGCCAAACAUAACGAGAGUUUGCAGCGAAAAGUGCUUGAAAAGCAACAUGCCAAAGCCAAGGGAAAGCAUGACUUUGAGUAUCUUGAUACGGAUGACUCCACGGAUGACGAAGGGAAGAUGAAUAGAAAUCGCAAUCCGGUGCCCGAUUGGAGCAAAAGUUCGAAUCGCCGACAAACGAAUAGGAAGCAAACGUAUAUUAGCUUGCAACUGGUCGAUAAAUUUUUCUCUGUGGAGCCAAUGACGCCAGAUCUCAAGGAAAUUUUCCCGAAUAUUGAGGAGAAAAAGUUGAAACGGAAUUCGAGCGCGGUUUGGAAUACGCCGCCACGUUACUCGCAAAUGCCUAAAUAUUGAGAUUUUUGUCAUCAUCGGUACUGAAUGUUGAAUUUUGGAUGAUUUUUCGUAUUUAUUAUUGAUUUUGGUGAAUGUUAGAUUUUAGAAGUUGAUGUUCUGCUGAAUAUGUUAAUGAUGAUGAAAAAAA